AUGAAUCUCUACAACUGGAUAGGCUUGCUCGUUAGCUGCCUGUUGUUCGGUAACAGUGCCCAGGCCCGAGGUAUAUUCUCCAAAGUCGGUGCCUCGUGUCUCUACGUUGCCGCAAACUUCACAUCCUUCCCUUUCAAUUGUGACAUGCCCGAUCUUGCCUUUAAAUGUAGAUGCCAAGAUCCCGCUUUUUUGGGGACAGUAACAAACUGUGUCGAGACCCAUGCAAGCGAUCCCCAAGAAUUAUCAGCAGCAUUUUCCCAGUUGCUGGAAACAUGCAAAGCCCAAGGUGGCAAGUCGUGGGCCUUGGUUGAUCUAGUGAAAAUGAACGAAAACGCAACAAACUACAUGAUCAACUAUGAAACUUUACCUACUCCAAAAUUCAAAGCAACACCAAGAUUUCUAUUAUUUAAUCCAGUUGUUGUUCCAGGUGAACUAUAUAACAUCUCAUACAACAGUGUUUCAAAGUUGAUGGAUCAGAGAAAUUUGGCUACAGUAUACGGCUUCUAUGUCUAUGCCUACUGGGGCGCAAUUAUGUUGAUUGCCAUCAUUGUCAACAUUGCCCAGUGGACUUCACCUUACUACAACAACAAAAUAGCAAAGACAAAAUUUGCGCUUUGGUGUAAAAGUAAAAUCAUCUGUCCCCAAAUCAUAAAACCCAGCAACUUUAAUAGAAAUUGCAAAAAUAAUGUAUUGCAUUCGAUUUAUACCAUGCCAGUCAGAAUGCAUGCUUUAGUCAUUAUUGGAUAUUUGAUUUUAAAUGUGGUGUUUUGUUGCGUCAACUAUGAAAUAGCAUAUCCGAAUACAGUGUUUACGUGCCGUAGAGGUCAAAUGUUGGUUUCAAUUGCUGAUAGAACAGGUAUUAUUGGCACAGUUCAGUUGCCUAUUGUGUUUCUCUUUUCUUUGCGAAACAAUCUCUUCUCCAAUAUCACUGGAAUGUCAUACAGAACGUUUCAAAUGUUUCAUAAAUGGACAUCGAGGGUUGUCUUUGUGUUACUUGUCCUACACUGUGCAUUUUACUUGUUGUUUGUGAAUGUUCGGGGGGACUACAUUGAAAGAUGGGGGUUGUUAAAAUGGAGAUGUGCAAACACUGCUUUCGGUGCUAUUUCAAUAACAAUGCUUGUUUCAUUCUUCAGAAGAUCAUUUUACGAGUUGUUCAAGGCUACUCACAAUGUACUGCUAAUUGUUUUUGCAGUUGGUUCGUGGUACCACUGCUUGACCCUUGGAUGGACUGAAUAUCUUGGAGCAGCUUACGCCGUUUGGGGAGUGGAUUAUUUAGUCAGAUGGGCCAAAAUGAUUUCUUCUGGUGGAAUAUUGAAAGGCCAGUGUAAGGUUAUUUUUGAUACAAAGACUUUCAAGCCACACUCAAUCAAAAUAGUAGUCAAUCAUUCAGGAUGGUGGAAGCCUUACCCAGGAUGUUAUUGUUGGAUCAGAAUUUUGAAAUAUGAUAUGUUCUGGGAAGCACAUCCUUUUACAGUGAUAUCUGCAACUUCUGCCAAUAAUUAUAAUCAGUUGGUUUUUAUUAUUAGAGUCAAAGACGGUUUAACAAAGAGGUUAGCAAACCACGUUUCCAAAUUCCCUGGUGGUGAAUGUAACUUGAAUUUGAUAGUUGAAGGUCCGUACGGUAACAACAUUCCAUUCAAGCAGUAUGACAAGUCUGUGUUAGUAGCAGGCGGUGUUGGACUAGCAGUUAUCUAUUCUAUAGCCAUGGAUCUUGCACAGAUCUACAGAGCUCAAGAGUUGCGAGGGAAAAGACUAGCCAAUGAUGCCAGCCAUAAACACAUAUCUUUGGUUUGGUUUAUACCAAAUUUUGAAAGUCUGAUGGCCUUCAAAAAUGAAAUCGAGAGCUUGAAGAGUUUCAAAGAUAUUAUGGAGAUUCAAAUAUUCAUUACAAGAACCUUAGAAGACGACGUGCUACAAAGCAUCAUCAGCGAUGCAAACCUCAUCAAUCCGUUGGGAAGUAGUAGCGAUGAGGUGAACAUCGAAGAGAAAGAGGACGUUGGUGAUCUAGAAGAAGGCACUACUGGUGACAAAGACAGCAAAGACGUCGAACUGGGCAGCAACCAGAUAUUCAAAGAGCAGAGGCUCGAAGAGGUUGAGUUUUUGAAAUGGUUGAUUGCCAACAACGGCGAACAAAUCAGCAUCAGUUUCGAGGAUAAGCCCUUCCUACAGGACGAACUGUCAGAGUUCUUGCUGAACACAACGGAACGCCUUCCGACGGCGUUGAUUGCCUGUGGACCCACGAUGCUCAAUGCCGACGUCCGUUUGUCGGUGGUAAAGUGUCUUGAGCAAGGUCUCUGUGUCGACUAUUACGAAGAAGAGUUGCUUUGGUAA